AUGACAGACCCCGAUCGUAUAGUGCUCGGGCCGCCUCGUCGUUCUUUCGCUUCUGCCAAUGCUCGCACCUCUGGGAGGACCCAAGAUGGCUCGGACGAGACACUCAACAAAGACCGAACUACCCUUCAAGAGAAACCGUGGAAUGGUGACGGUGUCGAGUCGCUCAACCAGGACCGCCGAAGUUUACAGAUGAACGGUCGUGGUAGCAACCGACAUGAAAGUGAAGACCCCGAUCUUGAGCAUCGUCGAGACCAAGACCGGAAGCCAAGAUGGGCGGGAAGAGAUAGGAAUGAGUCGGGCAUCGAAGACGAGCAGAUCCAAGAAGAUUCAGCCCGCCCGACGGUCCGACGAGACGCACAUUCCAGAGCCAAGCUGUCCCAGUCGUGGUUCAAGAAGGAUGGCCCUGACACUCAAGACGAAGCGCGACGAGACGCCGACAAGGGACAGGAGUGGCGACGUGGCGAAUGGGGAAGGGAGCGAGAUUGGGACCGAUCCGCCAAAGUUGAAGCGGAGCCGGAAUGGAUGGACUCGGCGGAACCAGACGAGCCUUUCCAAGUCCGUACCCAGGAGGACUUCCAACGCUGGAAGGAGAAGAUGAAGGCCGGAGGAGCGCCCUCCGUCGGCAAGCCCGACUCGGCCGUCAUCGUUCCCCCUUCAGAGAAUGCCCAGGCCAAAUCGACAACGACGGGCGCCUCUCCCGAACCGGAUGACUCAAUGGACAAGUUCUUUGCUCGAUACGAGUCUAAGACAACUGAGCAAAAGCCCGUCGCCGCGAAGCCACACGGCAGGACCCGAUUCGCCUCCCUCUUCAGUCCUCCGCCUGAGCAAAACAAACAAGUCGAGGCUGCUCCGCCGGUGCCGACAGCGGAGAGGCCAUCAUCGGCACAGCCAGGAUCAGCGGUGGAUGCCGAUCAAGCGGGAUUUGCACGCAUUCUUGAGAUGCUACAAACUCGCAGUAAUAACCCGACACCUCAGACUCAAGAGACGGCUAAGCCUAGAGCCCCAUUGUAUGCCAGGGGUGGCGAGGUCAAGUCCGUGGCCGAAUCAAGACCGUCUCCUCAAAGCCUGCUUUCCCUCCUCGCCGGCCAAAACGCCCCCCAACCCCAGGAGCCUACACGAACACGGCCAUCCGCCAGCCAGGCGAGAGUUACAGAGCCGCAAUCUUCCACAGACCAAUCGACUCAUACCCGACAGCAAUCCAGCAUCAACAAAGAUGAAGUGUUGCUGAAUUUACUUCGGCAGGCGAAUCUCGCACCAAAACCGGAGCCACCACCUCCCCAUCAGCAAGCGGACGGCCGAAAUGGAGGAGCCAUGUACGGCAUGAUGUCCGAGUACAAUGUGAGAAUAGGCACGGCCAGGGGCCAAAUGACUUCUCCCGUCCAACCACCAGACCACAUAGCCCAGCGAAGAGAAACGGGACGGGCAAUAUUUGAAGAGUCACUCGUCCCGAUGUACCAGAACGAACCUACACAACUUGAACAACUCCCCGGGCGACCUGCUAACGGCCACCGUCUUGGGCUCUCCGAGGAUCCAUUGAUGGCACUUCUGCGUGGCCAGAACCAACAACCGCGACCGAUGCAGCCUCCACAACUGCCCCAAGGUCUUCCUCCUGGUCUUCAGAGACCGCCUGGAUUAGAACAGAUGGCACUGGCAAAUCCCAACUGGCCACCUCAACAGCCACAGCCACAUCCACAUACACAACCUCAGCAACAACCUCUGCGUCAGCCCUCACUUCCCCCUGGCCUCGGGGUCAACGUUUCUCGCGUUAUGCCAGGCCCGCCGUUUGGCCAGCCUCAACAACUACCAAGCCAGCCAACCCUUCAACAGCCAACCCAGCAACCGCGAGUACAACAGCAGCGCAAAUACACUGGGGAAACGAUCCCGGCCCAAUCAGGUCUGGCGAGCAUUCCCCCCGGGAUGUAUCCGCCACCUGGAUUCUUGAACUCCGGUCCUCCUCCAGGAUUUACUGGGGCCAUGGCCAAUCAUCCCGGUGCCCGAUAUCAGGGCGAACCAGGUCCUCCCCCGCAAGGCAUGCCCCGUGGAGGCUUCUUGGACAUGUAUGGCGAUAUGGGCGGCGGUAGAGGCGUCGGGUUGAGAGGGGGCGGGGUAAAUGGAGGCAUCCCGCCCUAUAGAUAA